GCUGCAAUCUGCUGCUUCCCCAGAUCAAUGGAGGACGGCGUUACCGAACGCGGCGACUCAGAAGGGCGUUUCAAGCCGCACUUCCUGAUCGUGAUGUACCCGGUGCAGGGCCACAUUAACCCGGCGCGCCGCCUCGCCCGCCGCCUCAUCCACGUCGGCGGGGCGGCGCACGUCACGCUCUCGACAUCUGUGUCCGGCCACCGCCGCAUGUUCCCCUGCUCCUCCUCCCCCGACGACGAAGUAACCGACGGCCCGAUCUCCUUCAUCCCCUUCUCCGACGGCAACGACGAGGGCACCGACCCGGGCGCCCCCGACGCCCGCCGCCGCUUCGCCCGGACCCGGUCCGUCGGGUCCCAGACCCUUUCGUCCAUCCUCGACCGCCUCGCGGCGCGCGGCCGCCGCGUGACCUGCGUGCUCUACACCAUCCUCCUCCACUGGGCCGCCGACGUGGCGCGCCAGCGCGGCAUCCCCUCCGCGCUCUGCUGGAUCCAACCCGCGACCGUGCUCGCGGCGCUGCACCGCUUCUUCCACGGCCACGAGGGUCUCGUCGCCGCCCACGCGCGCGACCCCAUGCACGCGGUGAGCUUCCCGGGCCUACCCCCGCUCCGGAUCCGCGACCUCCCCUCCUUCCUCACCCCCGAAGACGACGACACCCAAGCCGCGCUCCUCGAGUCCUUCAGGGAGGUCUUCGAGACCCUCGACAGAGAGGGUCCGAGGCCCAGGGUGUUGGUGAACACGUGCGAGGCGUCGGAGGGCGACGCGCUCGGAGCUUUGGAGGCGGAGCUGGAGCUGUACGCGGUAGGGCCCUUGGUGCCGGCGCUGCUCCCCGCGCAGGAGGUCAAGGACGCGCGGUCGGAGGCCGAUCUGUUCGCGCCCGACGAGAAGGGGUACAUGGAGUGGCUGGAGGCGCAGGAGGCGAGGUCGGUGGUGUACGUGUCGUUCGGGAGCCUGGUGGUGAUGAAGAAGAAGCAGGCGGAGGAGAUGCGGAUGGGUCUGAGGGAGAGCGGCAGGCCGUACCUGUGGGUGGUGAGGAGGGAUAGUAGAGGCUCCACGGAUCAGGAGGAGUGCUCUGGCACGGAGGAAGAAGAAGAAGACGAAGCAGCAGCAGCAGGGGGAGCGGGGAUGGUGGUGGAGUGGUGCGACCAGCUGGAGGUGCUGGCGCACCGGGCGGUGGGGUGCUUCGUGACGCACUGCGGGUGGAACAGCGUGCUGGAGAGCCUGGCGUGCGGGGUGCCGACGGUGGGGGCGCCGCAGUGGGCGGACCAGGGGACGAACGCGCGCCUGAUGGAGGAGGUGUGGGGGACGGGGCUGAGGGGGGAGAUGGACGAGGAAGGGGUGCUGCGGUGCGAGGAGCUGAUCCGGUGCUUGGAGGUGGUGAUGGGGGAGGGGGAGAGGGCGAGGGAGAUGAGGACCAGGGCGCAGGCCUGGCGGGAGAGGGCGCGGGAGGCGCUCGCCCCCGGUGGCUCCUCGGACCAGAGCCUCCGCGCGUUUACGGCGGAGGUCGCGCGGUGCGCCGAUGCCGCGUGCGAGGGAGGGACCCACGACGGGCCGACAAGUUGUACAGGGAGCGCUAUUUAAUAGUUGGAAGUUGCAUGCGGUAGGACUAGGACACGGACGCGAGGAUGGUGGAGGUGUGGGCCGCGGCCGCGGGGGUGUUAAUGGCGCCGAAUUGAUUUUUGGAAUUUGUACGGUUAAGAGUCAAUGGAAUUUAUGGUGGAUCCUCUCUCCACCGUUCAACCAAUGAAAUUGUUGCAACCUCUUGUGAAUCCUCAAUGAUAGGGUUUUUUUUUGCAAAUAGUCCCUGAUAAAAUUUUAUUUUAAAAUUGGUCCUGUCAAAAAUUUAUUUGUAAAAAUGGCCCUACUUUUUUCUUGCAAGCGUCACGUCAGCGCCAUACGGGCGGGGCAGAAGUUUAAGUUGAAUAUGGUGAAUGAUUCACCGUGUCCAAUACAAAUAUCAUAUUGGACACGAUGAAUCAUUCACCGUGUCCAAUACAAAUAUCAUAUUGGACACGGUGAAUCAUUCACCGUGUCCAAUACAAAUAUCCCCACUUAGUCAAAAAUUGGGUAAGCCGAGUUAAUUAUAUUGGACACGGUAAAUGAUUCACCGUGUCCAAUAAAACCACCUAGGACUUAGUCAUUUUUUGGUUAAGGAUGUAUUAGUAUUGAAUACGGUAGUAUUGAACACGGUGAAUGGUUCAUCGUAUCCAAUAUGAUAUUUGUAUUGGACACGGUGAAUCAUUCACCGUGUUCAACUUAAACUCCUGCCCCAUCCGCGUGGCGCAGACGUGGCGCUUGCGUGGCAGGGACAAGACCAUUUUUGUAAAUAAAUUUUUGACAGGGCCAAUUUUAAAAUAAAAUUUUGUGAAUGAGCUAUUUGCAAAAAGAACCCUCAAUGAUAUGAUUCUAAUACUAAUCUCAUUCCAUUUCAA